GUCUACGAAGUGCUGCACACAGAGUCUACCGUUAGGGUUCACUCAAGCUGACCUGGACCAUGAGCAAUGACUUGCCCAUGCUGACAAGUCUGACGGAGAACUCCACUGAUGUGCCUGUGCCUGCGGGCCGGGUGGAGAACUACGUCCUGCUGCUGGUGCUGCUGUGUGUGUUCGCCGGGGGAACGCUGGUCCUGCUCUCCCUGCUGCUCCUCUUCUGCCAUCGCUGCUGCGUGGGCAGACGACGCUACUCCAGAGCCAGCGAUGACCUUGAGAAGACCAACACCACCUAUGUGGACGACUCCCAGCCCACUCAAGAGAUUACUAUCCGUCUGGAUGAGUCAGACGCGCUCUCUGCGUCGAGCUGCCACGAUGGAGAGACGGAGCGGUUCGUCUCUACGGGCUCGACCGGCCGCCGCGUCUCCUUCAAUGAAUCUGCCCUCUACGAACAGGACAGGACGACGCAGGACAAGGGGCGCAGGUAUACCCUGACAGAAGGGGACUUCCACCAUCUGAAAAAAGCACGGCUUACCCACUUUCACCUGGCCCAAGCCCCCUCCGCCCUCAAGAUCCUCACCAUCAUGGAGUGCGAGUCCACAGAGAGCAGUACUGUCAACAUCAGCGAGAAGUCAGCGCCCCCGCCGCCCCUCACCAUCUACCAGUUUCCCUCGUCUGCCCAGCCUCCUGAGCGAGGGAUGCCCACCGAGCCCUUGGACUGGAUGGGUCAGAGCAUUAGUGGAGGCCUUCCCGGAGACCGGCACCACUCCACUGUCCUCGACCAGACCCCUGGACAGACCUCGCCAACCAUGAAAUCACAGCACACACGCUCCCAGACGAUGGAGGCUGUUGGGGACAGGGGAGAGGGAGAGGGGGAAAGGGGGAUUAGAGGCGAGAAAGAGGUGUCUCCAGUUCCAGGACAGACUUCAGUUCUACACUUCUUCUCAAAACUGCGACGCCACGCCAGUCUGGAGGGGGCUGGACCUUACUUCAGGAAGUGGAAAUUUGACAGUAGCCAUCGGGCUGCUAGUCUUGAUGCCAAAGGAUCUCCCAAGAGAAGGCCAUUCCAGAGACAGAGAGCUGCCAGCGAAACCACUGACCAGAUGGAGGAUGACUCCUCGCCUCUGAGAGAUGACUUUACUCUGCCUUUCCCACACACUUCCAUCCAGACCAACGGUCUUCAGUCUCUCUCUGCAGGCUCCUUGUCUCACUCCACCACACCGGCCUCACCCUCAGCCUUCCUGAGCAGGCUAGAAGUCGAGGCCAUGGUGGAGGUAGUUGGCAGCAAUGGCAUAAAGCAAGAGGACAUCCAUUCACCGCCAGAUGAUGUAUUUGGCCAGAGGCAAGAGGAAAGCACAAGAGAGGAGACAGACGGGACAGGAGUAGUCACAGACACCAAGAAGCAGCCAAUGUCAGGCACAGUCAAUACAGCGUUAUGGUUGGCACCAGGAGAUGAUGAAAUAGAAGAUGACUUGUUUGAAGCACAAGAACAAGGGAGCAUCACAGAAGUGGGAAAUACUUUGAGAGAAAAUAAAUUCCCUGAGGCCAAGUUAGACCACGUGACUUCAGAAGUGAUGAAAGAGGAUGAGGCGGGAGAGGACGAAGGAGCUGGUGAAGUGUUGGAAGCUGGGGCCAAGCCAAGGGCUGACUCUGGGUCAUCUCUCAGCUUCAUGGUUCGCCAGGAAUGCUCCGAGGUGCCUCCCUCUCUGUAUAGAGACAUCUGGAGCUUGCGAGCCUCUCUGGAGCAAUACGCCUCCUCAGACCAGAGCAGUACGGAUCGGGAAUCCAUCCGCAGCGAUGCUGACAGUAUUUCCUCCCUAGGGGGUGCCGGAGCUCGUUCCGGCCUGGUUAGCUGUCUGUCCCAGGACCUGGAUGAUGAACCUGAGGGGGAGGGGGAGGGAGAGAGGUUAGAAGGGGGAGUGAGAGGUGUGCCAGGUGGGGAUGGCGCAGGGGAGGGCGACGCAGGAAACCGUAAACUCCUUCAGAUGGACAGCGGCUAUGCCUCAAUAGAGGCCCCAUCCAGAGCCCCUGAGGAGCUGCGGCUGUUCGGAGCUCCCGGGGGCUCCCGAGGGAAGACAGCAUCUGAGAGGAGGUUGUUCUUCAGCUCUGGGAGAAAGGGUUCCGUGUGUGAGAGUUUUGAGGCCAAGGUGCUCCAGGAGGAGCUAGAGGAUGAAAUGGCAGACAGCACUGAAAUAGACGAGAAACCACCACAGGGCCAGUCUCAGCUUCUGAAACUUGUUCAUCCCCAGAAAUGUCAAGACCCAUUACAGCUGCUGUCACAGCCAACCUCACCACUGCUGAAACAGCAUCAGCCCUCAUCACAACCCUCACCUCAUCAUCGCCCCCGCCUACGUCGCCGGGACUACAGUAUUGACGAGAAGACAGACGCUCUCUUCAACGAGUUCCUCCGUCAUGAUCCGCGGUUUGACCAGCAGGAUUCGCCACCGCGCUCCCGGCACCGUUCCAGGGUCCACCUCCGGAAGCAGUGGCAGAGACACAAGCAAUACAGCGACCCCGGGUCAGGCACAGCGGGCAGGUAUUCUCCCUCUUUGGAGAGACAAAGAUUCAUGCCUCUACGCAGGGGAGACAGCGCCGGUUAUCCAUUGGACACCAGGUAUCACAGCACACUGUCCCGCAUAGCCAGCGCUGCUGAUGAAGAGGCCAGUGAGGUAUCAGGUUGUGAGAAAGCAGCCAAUGAGGGGGCGGAGAAUGUGGAUUCAACUCGUGAGAGAGGUACAUCAGAGGCUCCAGACAACAUUGCCAACACAGCCUCCAAAGGUGACAACAAGUUAGGAGACUGUUCAGCCAGUGGGGGCCAUGACAGCUCCGUCUCUACAAAUCUGGGCACAGCCAGUGAACUUACGGCCCGUGAAAGCACAGCUAGUCAACUGUUGGGCACAGUGAGCUCAGAGGCCAUUUUUAUGGACCCGAGAGUCGACAACAGAAACAACAACAGUAGUCAAACCAUUCAACCAGUUGUUUCCCCGACCAAAAUCCACCCUGCCUUCACACAAAGCACCCACGUGGCUCUUUCUGACCCCCCCAGUCUCCCUCAAGCCCCCUCCAUCCAAGGCUCCAUCCUACAGGACCAGAACAACGUGACAGACAAGCUGGCGGUGUCCCUGGAAGAGAGGCUCUACACCGGAUUGAGGAGUGCGGAGCGGCGUCUUGGCCAGGGAGGGACAGAGUGUGUGGUCACUGUGUCGCAGGCUACCUCUCCUGGCCACCAUCCCGCAUAG